GUAAACAGUAAACAUGGCGCAGAAGAGCUGCACGCCGGAGCUCCUGUCCGGGGCCGAGUUGAUGAAACAGGGGGCGGAGGCCCGGCUGUACCGGACCCGGUUCUUGGGGAAGCCCACCGUGGUGAAGCAGCGGUUCCCGAAGCGGUACCGACACCCGGUUCUGGAUGAGAAGUUGACCCACCGCAGGACGACGCAGGAGGUCCGCUCCAUCCUCCGCUGCCGCAAAGCAGGUAUCUCCGCCCCUGUUGUCUACUUCGUGGACUACGCCUCCCACUGUAUUUUCCUGGAGGACAUUGUGUCGUCCUCCACCGUACGGGACUACAUCGCCUCGUGUCCGGACCAGGACCAGGACCUGGACCUUCUGGUUCAGAAGGUGGGUCGGAUCCUGGCUCGGAUGCACGACGAGGACGUGAUCCACGGAGACCUUACAACUUCCAACAUGCUGCUGCGGCUCCACCCUGAUGGCACCAAACCCAGACACGAACCGGACCUGGUCCUCAUCGACUUCGGCCUGAGCUACAUCUCGGCUCUGCCCGAGGACAAGGGCGUGGACCUGUACGUCCUGGAGAAGGCGUUCCUCAGCACCCACCCCAACACCGAGGCCCUGUUCCAGACACUUCUCCACAGCUACACAGCGGCGUCCAACAAGUCCAACGCCGUCAUUAAGAAACUGGAUGAGGUUCGGUUGAGAGGCAGGAAACGCUCGAUGGUUGGAUGAGACAAACAAAACCGAAGAAGAGACGACAGACAUUAAUGUGUCAAAAAGACUCAAGUUCCAUCACAAAAUGAAAGAGGUUUGUAAAGAAAGGAAUCUGUAAAGUUCAUCCACACAAAGACAAACACUGGAGAUAAAACCAUGAGAAAUACCGGUUUAUAUCAUGUCUUUUUUUUUUUAAUAUCGUUAUCAUUUUCCUUGGACAUCAGCGAUAUAAUCCUCUGUCUGUCAGGUGUAUGUUGUUUAUGUCAAAUAAAACUCAGUGAUUUUCA